AUGGACGAGGAGAAGCUCCCAUCUGUACUGCCUGGGGAAAGUGCUGCUGUCUGGGACCCCAGCCUGGAGCCUGAGGCCACGGGAUCUUUUGAGGAGGAGCCUGGGGUCCAGAAUGGAUUGGCAGCUUGUGAGGGCCUGAACAGCAGCCACAGCAUCCCAGAGCAUGAGAUGAGGAGCACCUUGGUGGACACUGAGGAGCCCACAAAGGGUCUGGGCAUGGCCCUGCAUGGCCUCAGCCUUGGCCUUUCCCUAACCAAUGGUCUAACCCUGGGCUCAGACUCGAACAUUCUGGAAGAUUCAGUGGAGUCCAGGCCCUGGGGGGCUGAUGGGCUGUCAGAGGGGGACUGUGCCUCCAGGAGUCUCUGUCCAGACACUGAAGACCCUCAGCUAGGGCUAGAUGGCCUCGGGGAGCCAGAUGUGCGAGAUGGCUUCAGUGCCACAUUCGAGAAGAUUGUGGAGUCAGAGCUGCUGCGGGGCACCCAGUAUAGCAGCCUCGACUCCCUGGACGUGCUGAGCCUCACGGAUGAGAGUGACAGCUGUGUCAGUUUCGAGGCCCCCCUUACUCCCCUCAUCCAACAACGGGCCCGUGAUAGCCCAGAGCCAGGGGCUGUACUGGGCAUUGGGGACAUGGGGUCUGAGGGGGACAUAGGGGCAGCUGGCGGUGAUGGGGAGCUGGGCAGCCCCCUGCGGUGCUCCAUCUCCAGCAGCCGCUCUGAGAAUGUUCUGAGUCAACUGUCUCUCACGACUGUACCCAAUGGCUUCCACGAGGAUGAGCCUCGAGGCCCAGGAGGGGAUGAGGAUGAUGAUGAUGAGGACACGGACAAGUUGAUGAACUCAGCCAGUGACCCCAGCCUGAAGGAUGGCCUGUCGGACUCAGAUUCAGAGCUAAGCAGCUCAGAGGGACUGGAGCCGGGCAGCACGGACCCGCUGGCCAAUGGGUGCCAGGGGGUCAGUGAAGCCGCUCGUCGGCUGGCACGCCGCCUCUACCACCUUGAGGGCUUCCAGCGCUGUGAUGUGGCCCGGCAGCUAGGCAAGAACAAUGAGUUUAGCAGGCUGGUGGCUGGAGAGUACCUCAGUUUCUUCGACUUCUCAGGCCUGACUCUGGACCGAGCCCUCAGGACCUUUCUGAAAGCCUUUCCACUGAUGGGAGAGACGCAGGAGCGCGAGCGGGUACUCACGCACUUCUCCCGCCGGUACUGCCAGUGCAACCCCGAGGAUAGCACCUCAGAAGAUGGGAUCCACACGCUCACCUGUGCCCUGAUGCUGCUUAACACGGACCUGCAUGGACAUAAUAUUGGCAAGAAGAUGUCCUGUCAGCAAUUUAUUGCCAACUUGGACCGUCUGAAUGAUGGCCAAGACUUUGCCAAAGACCUGUUGAAGACUCUUUACAACUCCAUCAAGAAUGAAAAGUUGGAAUGGGCCAUUGAUGAGGACGAGCUGAGGAAAUCACUGUCAGAGCUGGUGGAUGACAAGUUUGGGACAGGCACAAAGAAGGUGACAAGGAUCCUGGAUGGUGGCAACCCCUUUGUGGAUAUCCCGCAGGCUCUCAGUGCCACCACCUACAAGCACGGUGUGCUGACCCGGAAGACGCAUGCUGACAUGGAUGGCAAGAGGACACCUCGAGGGAGGCGUGGCUGGAAGAAAUUCUACGCAGUGCUCAAAGGGACCAUCCUGUACCUACAGAAGGAUGAGUACAGGCCUGACAAGGCCCUGUCAGAGGGUGAUUUGAAGAAUGCCAUCCGUGUGCAUCAUGCUCUGGCCACCAAGGCCUCUGACUACAGCAAGAAGUCCAAUGUGCUCAAGCUGAAGACAGCUGACUGGAGGGUCUUCCUCUUCCAGGCACCGAGCAAGGAAGAAAUGCUGUCCUGGAUUCUUAGGAUCAACCUAGUGGCUGCCAUCUUCUCGGCCCCUGCCUUCCCAGCUUCUGUCAGCUCCAUGAAGAAAUUCUGUCGGCCCCUGCUGCCCUCCUGCACCACUCGUCUCUGCCAGGAAGAGCAGCUGCGUUCACAUGAGAAAAAGUUGAGGCAGGUGGCUGCUGAGCUGGCUGAGCACAGGUGUCACCCAGUUGAGCGGGGCAUCAAGUCCAAGGAGGCGGAGGAGUACCGGCUGAAGGAGCACUAUCUCAUGUUUGAGAAAAGCCGUUAUGAGACCUAUAUCCACCUCCUGGCUGUGAAAAUCAAAGUGGGCUCAGAUGACUUGGAGCGGAUUGAGGCCCGCCUGGCCACCCUGGAAGGGGAUGAUCCUUCUCUCCGGAAGACACACUCUAGUCCUGCCCUCAGCCAGGGCCAUGGACCUGUGACUGGCAGCAAAGCCAUGAAGGAUACCACUGGGCCAGACACUUAG